GAACAGGAUAAGGCGUCUCAAUUAAAAAAAAAGAUGGGGAAUAUUAAAAGAAUUUUUGCUCUCAUAAUAACCUUAUUCGUGAUAUCUGCGUUUUCAAGAUCAACUUUUUCUGAGCAAUUAAAACAUAAACGACAAAACAAAGAUAAUGGCCUUUUUACACCUUAUAUUCCUUUGGAGCCAACGCCUAAUCCUAUAACAAGAAGUUACGAAGUUGAAUUGUCCCAAAUAAAUUUAGCUCCAGAUGGUUUUACGAAAACAAUUUUUGCAAUCAAUGGUCAAUAUCCCGGUACUGUCAUUCAUGCUAAUAAAGGUGAUAGAAUUCAAGUUACAGUAAAAAAUAAUAUUGGUGAACCGUCAGUUAUCCAUUGGCAUGGAAUGUUUCAGAGAGGAACUAAUUGCAUUCACGAUCCCAAUGACCCUUACCGUAAAGAUUAUGAUUUUGAAUACAUUAUAACGAUGUCGGAUUGGUAUCAUCAACGUGUAUCAGAUAUGUUGGCAAUAAGAAUGUCUCCAAAUUAUGGCGGUCGUAAUCCUAUUCCGGAUUCUGGUCUCAUAAGUGGUGCCGGUCGUUAUAAUUGUUCUGCUGCUCCACCUGGUAGCGAAUGUCGGGAAAACAAUCCACUUGCUGAAUACAAAGUUACACCCGGUAAAAAAUAUAGACUUCGUUUAAUAAAUACAAGCGGAUUGUCCCACUUUAUGUUUUCGAUCGAUAAUCAUCCUUUAAAGAUUAUUGAAGCAGAUGGAGAAUAUUCGAAGCCAGUAAUAGUAAAUAAAUUGCCUGUAGCCAUUGGUCAAAGAUAUUCUGUCAUUAUUGAUGCUAACCAAAAAGUUGAUAAUUACUGGAUGCGUGCGACGAUUGAUGAUAGAUGCCUUCUAAUUAAUAACCAAACAGUAAAUUUCGAUUCAGCGAUAAAUUAUAAUGUUACAGGAAUUUUAAAAUAUGAUGGUGCAGGAUUAGGUUAUCCAACAUCCACUGAAUAUCCCGACCAACUUGAACCUUGUCUUAGUAUUGAUCCAAAUCUUUUGAAAACACUCGAACCUCAACAAAUUCCUGGACCUGCAACAAAUAAAAUUCAAUUAGUCGUAACUUUUAGAGAUGACGAUCAGAAUGUUACACGUGCUUUUAUAAAUAAUUCUUCGUUUGUUGUUGACGAUAAUAAUCCAACAUUAGAAAAAUUUGUUUCUGAUGACGUGCCGUUAGAUCAAUUUCCUGCUAAUCAAAAUAUAUAUGCUUAUGAUCAACUGGGUGGAACUAUUGACAUAGCUUAUAUAAAUAAUAAUAGUGCGAUUCAUCCAAUCCAUAUGCACGGACAUAAUUUCUAUGUACUUGGUACAGGAUCAGGAAUAGUAGUUGAUGAAAGCAAGUUGAAUUUAGUGGAUCCUUUCCCUCGCGAUACAUUUGUAGUGAACUCAACCAGUUGGUCCGUAUUUCGAUACAAAGCUGAUAAUCCCGGUGUCUGGUCUAUACAUUGUCAUAUUGAGUGGCAUGUUGAAAUGGGUAUGAUCGCGCAACUUAUUGAGUUACCAACGGAACUAUCAAAAGUCACAAUACCAGAAUCUGUUAGUAAUUUAUGUAAACAACAAGACAAUUCCAAUUCAAAGAGAUCCAAAUUCUCAAGAAGGAAUAGACUAUUUAAUACUGAUAUGAAAAGAAUAAAAGUAUAGUAAAAAAGAAUAAUAGAAUAAUGAGAAAUCAUUAAUUAUUAUUAAUAAUUUUAUUUUAAAAGAGACUUUAUUUAAAAAGACUUUGAAUCAAACAUUUUUUUAAUUUUUUGAGAAAAAAAAAAAAAGACAUUUAUUUCACUUUCACCACUACUCUCACUACUCUCAAGAAAAA